GAGAGAGCAAGGUGUUGCAGUUCCACUUGGUUGUGCAAUCAGACACGCUCAAACGGAAUUGUUUAUUGCGCAUAGACAGUAAUUCGCUUUUUUCUGCGUCCAGGAGAAGACACUAUACCAGUCCAAUAGACUAUUUGGGGAGGAGUGCAUUAUGCCUCGUCUCAUUGAUCCUCCGCGGAUAUAUUGAACGGUUGGGAAGAUUACUUACGCUAUUUGUUGUCUUUUAUUCGGAUUUAAAAUAUGCCGUACUUAUCAUCAGUGAUACACAUUUGUGAGCAUCUCUCUUGAAACUCGUGAGGCAAUUCAGGCAAAAAUUUGAGUUUUCUAGUGGAAGAGCAGGCGUGUUUCAAAUGAAAGGAGUUAAAUUAAUUAUUUGGACAGUUCCCUGGUGCUGAAAGGAUUGCCGCUAUUUUACUAACGCCAUGAGUUCCCUAGUUUGGGACAGGAGGCUGUCAUAUUUUUUUCUCCUGAUGUCUUUUCUUCUGCUGCUCAGCAAGGGGGAGAGAAUGUGCCCAGCAAGUUGUCGCUGCGAAGUGAAGAUUGUUUAUUGCGAGUCUGGCAUUUUUCAAGACAUCCCAGAAAACAUCUCUACUGGAUGCCAGGGUCUGUCCCUGCGCUUCAACCGCUUAGUGACUCUGCUGCCUUACCAAUUCGCUCAUCUCAACCAGCUCAUCUGGCUCUACCUGGACCACAAUUCCAUCACCGUCAUAGAUAGCUUAGCCUUCCAGGGCGUGCGUAGGCUCAAAGAACUGAUUCUUAGCUCCAACAAGAUCACACUUUUACACAAUAAGGCUUUCAAUGCUGUACCAAACCUGCGCAAUCUUGAUUUUUCCUACAACCAGCUACAGUCUCUGCAGCCAGGUCAUUUCUAUGGUCUGCGUAAGCUCCAAAACCUUCACCUACGGUCCAAUGGUCUCAACAGUAUACCUGUACGGACUUUUCUGGAGUGUCGCAGCCUGGAGUUCCUGGACCUGGGUUACAAUCACCUACGCACCCUAUUCCGCACCACCUUCUUGGGGUUGUUCAAGUUGAAAGAGCUUCAUCUGGAGCAUAAUCAAUUUUCAAGGAUUAAUUUGUUUCUUUUCCCACGCCUUAGCAAUCUACAGGUCCUCUACUUGCAAUGGAACCGGAUACGAGCCGUCAAUCAGGGCCUGCCAUGGAUCUGGCAUACGCUGCAGAAAUUAGACCUCUCAGGAAAUGACAUCCAGAUCUUGGACCCAGCUGUUUUCCAGUGUAUGCCAAACUUACAAAUACUCCAUCUUGAAUCCAACAAGCUGAGCAACAUGUCUCAGGACACGGUUUCAGCCUGGGUCUCCCUCACCACCAUCAGCCUGGUGGGUAACGCCUGGGACUGCAGCCCUACCAUCUGCCCCCUGGUGACCUGGCUGAAGAACUUCAGAGGCUCAAAGGACAUCAAAAUUAUAUGCAGCAGCCCCAAGUCAGUUCAGGGAGACAGAGUAAUGGACAUAGUGAGGAACUACACAAUCUGUGUGAACAUAUCAGUUGUAGAGCAAACCACAGCUACGAUCAUGAGGCAAACCACAGCCUCAGAUGUGGACACAAAAAAGUCUACCACACCUCCUCCUUCCACGACCACAACAACCCAAGAUAUAUCUGCAUCAACAGUACAAAGACUCACUCCACAACCUGUCUCUCCCAUUGUGACAGAAAAAGAAACAAGGGAGUCCAUACUCAUGACCUCAAUCUCUCCAGAAUCCUCAUCAUUUUUCCCAGAACUAGAGGUUGAGCAUAUGGCCUUCCAUAAAAUCAUUGCAGGCAGUGUAGCCCUAUUUCUCUCUGUGUCAUUGAUCCUGCUGGUAAUUUAUGUCUCAUGGAAGCGCUACCCCAAUAGCAUGAGGCAGCUGCAGCAGCACUCAGUCAACCGCAAGCACAGAAAAAAGGCCCGGAAGCAGAAGCUUAACCUUAACUCUCAGAUACAAGAGUAUUAUUUGACUUAUACAAACUCUCAGACCAUGGAUGCAUUGGUAAAUGAGACAAGGGCCUACACCUGCACAAUCUCAGGAUCCAGAGAAUGUGAGGUAUAAUCCGUUAAGAGUCAGGUAAAUGUUUUCCACAGAGAUAAACUGUAAACCUCUCGGAGCAAAUGGAGACUGAGUUAAAUAUCCAUCCUCUGUUUGACUCUGUUCUUACUGUUGUUUUAAAUUAACGUUAUCAAUCCUAAAAACGUACUGUACAGCUGCUUGGGAGUCAUAGGUCAAUGUUUUCCACAGGGAUGCACUGUAAACCUCUGAGUCAACGGAGACUGAGUUCAACUUCCAUCCUCUGUUUGACUGUUCUUACUGUUGUUUUAAAUGAACAUUAUCACAUUAGAACAAAGUGAUUGGAUAUAUUAAUCCUGUUUGUGAGUAUAAACCUAAUUUAUAUCUGCACAUUUGUUACGGUUAUCUGCUGUUGAUUACAAAUGACCCUGCUUUUCACUUUUGUUAUCCUUGGAUGAUAUUGAGAGCUUAUUGUACUUGUAUAAACGCAACUGAUACAUGUUAUGUGUAGUCUUUUUUUAUAUUUAGCUUUUGUUCAUUUUAUGAAAUUAUACUAUCACCGUGCAAUUUAAUUGUCAUUAAAAUUGUGAAUGGUAGUUACUAAAUAAUGGGUGUCAGAAACAUACUUACAAGAUUAUGUUCCUGUUUUUGAUCUUCAUACUAUACCAAUGUAGCAAAAACAACAGCAUUAGUAGACUUUCUUUUGCGGCACUUCUCCAUGACGUGUAACAAGACAGCUUUCCAUUUUAUGACAAAAUUACAUUUCUAUGAAAAUUGCAAUAAUUAAAUAAAAAAUCUAUUAUCCUGUCUGAUCCAACACCUGGGACAAAUUUUUCAUGGCUGUGUGGGGUAUACCACCCCACUAAGGCUAUGAAAAAUGCGGCCAUGGUGAUUUUGAUCACAUAGCAUAUAGGCUUCACAGGGCAGAUUUCUAUCUAGGCUCUACCAUGGAAACUUACAUUUCCAUUUAGAUUUUAUUUACACUUCACAUGACAGAUUUUUGCCCUCCUUUUAGUUGCUUAUUGUUUCCAAAGCACUACAGCAUAGUCUACUCUAUAUGGCUCUGAAUCUUACUCUGUCUAAAUAUCUGCUUCAUUUUAAGAGGCUUUUAAAAUUAUCGGUUCCUUCCUGGUUUUUAAAAGUAUGGGUUCCUUCAUUUGCUUCAUGAUGCAGAAUCACUUAAUUGCAUUCACUUGAUCACCAUAUGCUUUUAACAGGUCUUAUGUUUAAGGGAAUAUUGAAGUACCUCAACAUUAUUUAUUUCCCAACAGGCACAUCUAUUCUCAAGGAUAGAUGUUAUUUAUCAAAAAUAAUCACUUAUAUCAUACACAGAGGUGAUGUUUGACUAAAAUAAUCCUUAUAAGGAAGACGCAUACUUCCAUGAGGCAGCUUGAUAUUGUCUAAAAAUGGGACAGCACUCUUUCAAAGUAGUACAGGCUAAAUAAUCAAGGCUAGCUAUGGAAGUAGUUUCAUCAAUUGACUGGCUCAUGAUUUUUAGACCAAUGCACUCAAUUUAUGUUGUACAGGAAAUGGCUGUCUAUUUAUAGCAUGUUUUUUAAUCAGCUGAAUAAAAACUCAUAGGAAAG